CAUUCGUCAGCAGACACAUCCCUCUCCCUCUCUGCCAUCCGUCUCGCUCCUCCUCAUCGUCAGCGACGACGAGCGCAUAUCGGCACUUGCCAGCACACUCCCGGUAGACACACUCCUGGCACCUGACCCAUCGCCAUGGCAUUCAAUUCUGUCUCUGCAUCCUCCUUCGCCCCCUCCCGGCCAGCACCCCAGGCCCCUCUCAGAAACGCCCUUGGCACCAGCGGCUACAAUGCUGCCUUCUCAUCUGGGUCGUCUUACGCACCCGACUACACCGGCAUCGGUGGAUCACCCAAUCGCCAGUCAGAGGCAUUCAACGGCGCCCAGGUCGUCAGAAGCGGGCAUGUCAGCUUGAAGGAGGAGGGGUUUGCCAGCUGGCUCUGGACCCGCAAAUGGAUCAUCCUCAAGGAGCAGACUCUGGCCAUACACAAGACAGAGACGGCACCAUCGCAGAGCAUCAUUCAGCUCAAAGACAUUACCAACAUCGAGCGCGUCGAUCUCAAGCCGUACUGUUUGCUUCUUGAAACCAAGGACAAGCGCUACUGGCUCUCCCUCAGGAGCGACGAGGAGGUCUACGGAUGGCAGGACGAUAUUUACUCCCGCUCUCCCCUCAUGGGAGUAUCCAAUCCCACCAACUUCGUACACAAAGUCCACGUCGGCUUCGAUCCCGUCACCGGCGCAUUCACCGGUAUGCCCGACCAAUGGAGCAAGCUACUCAACAAGUCUGCCAUCACGCACGAAGACUACGCCAAGGACCCGCAAGCCGUGCUCGAUGUCCUCGAAUUCUACACGGACCACCAGAAGCGUGAGCAGAUGGAGGAACUCGGUCUCGCCCCCAUCUCCUCGCGCGGCCCUGGCGGCUCCAACACCCUCUCGCCCUACUCCGCCUCCACCCUCGAUCCCUCCGCAUCGCAGCGCACCGUUCUCGGCGGCAUCGGUAUGAGCUCUGGCGCCGGUGUCGGUGCCGCGCCUUCGCCGCUCGACGGCCGUCCAGGCGCCAUGAAGCGGCAGGAGAGCGCGCCCGAAUCGUCGACCCAGAACGGCGGGCUCUCGGGAACUGCGCUCGCCGCCGCCCGCGCCGCUGAGCUCGUCAAUGGUUCGCACUCGCAGCACGCGGCCACCCUCGGCGGUGGCUCGCGUCCUCCCGUCCCGCAGGCGCUGCAGGCAUCCGCAUCGACGGGCGCGCUGCAGGCGGGCAGACCAGCGCCGCCGCGGCCACUGCUCACGGCUACGAGGCCCGCGCCGUCGGCGCCGAAGACGAUGGGCGAGGGCACGCCUUCGGGCGACGAGCUCCGCGCGAGGACCAAAGCGCCUGGGGAAGGACAGCCCAGGCCGUCCCUCGACAAGGGCCCGGGUGCACCGGGAUUCUCGGCGAAAGAGAGGGAGCAACGCGACCGCGAACGCGAGCAGCGGGAGCGGGAGCGGGAAAAGGCCAAGGAACGGGCAUACGCGCGGGAGAAGGAGCGGGAGCGGGAACGCGCUACCGACCGCGAGAGGCAAGACCGUGCAGAGGCGGACCAAGGGGAGGCGGCGUCGCCCCCGCGGCCGCAUAUUACGCCCGCCAAGUCGUCCCCCGCGACGGCGCUGCCCGCUUCACAGCCGGUGGGCGGUGCCGCGGGCGCGAUGGUGGGGCCGCCGCCCGUGAAGCCGCUGCAGCCGACGAAGAAGAAAGAGCCGUCGCCGCCGCCCGUGACUGUUACCGCGCCGCCUGACGAGAAGGAGGGAGGGGGGAUAGCGGAUGCGGCUGCGAAGCUGGAGAAGGUGGAUAAGCCGAAGGAGAAGCGGAUCAGUACGAUGUCGGAGGCGCAGUUGAUGGAUAAGCUGAGGAGCGUGGUGUCGCAGGAUGAUCCCAAGCAGAUGUAUACGAAGAUCAAGAAGGUCGGCCAGGGUGCCUCUGGCCACGUCUACGUCGCCAAAGUCAACGGCUCGACCACGUCGCGCAAGGUGGCGAUCAAAGAGAUGGACCUGGCGCACCAGCCGCGCAAGGAGCUGAUCGUGAACGAGAUCAUCGUGAUGCGCGAGUCGCAGCACCCGAACAUUGUCAACUUCCUGGAAGCUUAUCUUGUGAAGGGCUCAGAUCUCUGGGUCGUGAUGGAGUUUAUGGAGGGUGGUGCGCUUACGGAUAUUAUUGAGAAUAAUUCGCUGGAGGAGGAUCAGAUUUCGAGUAUUUGUUUUGAGACAUGCAAGGGUCUGUGCCAUUUGCAUAGCCAGUCGAUCAUCCAUCGCGAUAUCAAGUCGGAUAAUGUUCUUCUCGAUGCAAAUGGGUCUGUCAAAAUCACCGACUUCGGCUUCUGCGCCAAGCUUACCGACCAGAAAUCGAAGCGCGCGACGAUGGUCGGCACGCCCUAUUGGAUGGCGCCCGAGGUCGUCAAGCAGAAAGAGUACGGCGCUAAGGUGGACGUGUGGUCGCUCGGCAUCAUGGCGAUCGAGAUGAUUGAGAACGAGCCGCCGUACCUCGACGAGGAGCCGCUCAAGGCGCUCUAUCUGAUCGCUACGAACGGGACGCCGACGCUGAAGAAGCCCGAGGCGCUGUCGCAGGAGCUUAAGAGCUUCUUGAGCGUGUGUUUGUGUGUGGAUGUGAGGAGCCGGGCGACGAGCAAUGAGCUGUUGCAGCACAAGUUCAUGAAGAAGGCGUGUGCGCCUGCGGGUCUUGCGCCGCUGCUCAGGUUCCGGACCAAGGGCCAAAGCUCGUAAUGAGCAUCCGGGUUGAGGACCCUCCUCCACUUUCUCACUGUCUGAUGCACUCGUCCACCCUCCCGCUACGUACCGAUUCGUGUUAUGCGGACUUGAACAUUCGAUGUUCCGAUUCCCCAGCCACAUCCGCUCUCACACCGUCGGCUCCCCCAUUCUACAUUGCUCGCUGCUCCCUCGUCCGUCCCUUUCCUUCAUGUCGAUGUGGAUAUGUGGAUAUACGCAACCCGUCCCCGCAGAGUCGUCCCCCUUUUAGUCGCCAUUUUCUCUUUCCUUCCUUGUGUCUGUAUAUAGCUUUAGCUUCACUUUUUUGCGCGUUUCCGUCAUCGUUUCUUCUUACUUUCUAUUACUGCG